GCAGCCACGUUUGGGAAAGCAGUUAUAAAAACGAACCAGUCAUUCCGGGAAACAGAAAACUUGACACAAAAAGAAACAAUGGCAUCAAGAGGAGCUUUUGCUGCAGCAUGUAACAUUGGAGGAAGACAGAGGAACCCAUCUGUCCUUUCAAUUCCUCACCAUCUCAAACUCAAAUUCCAUGGACCUCCUUCACAUCCUCCCCAUAGAUUCACAUCCUUUCCCAUAUACCAACCCGGGCUUAGAUACCCAGUUCGUGCUAUAAGUGAGGCAACUGCUGAUCCUGUAACACCCAAGAAAGAAGAAGAUGAAGAACAAUCACCUCAGAAUUGGAAGAUUAAAAUGCUCUAUGAUGGGGACUGCCCGCUUUGCAUGCGUGAGGUUAACAUGCUCAGAGAGAGGAAUAAGCAAUAUGGUACGAUCAAGUUUGUUGACAUUAGCUCAGAUGAGUAUUCUCCAGAGGAGAAUCAAGGCCUGGACUACAGAACUGUUAUGGGAAGGAUUCACGCAGUCCUCUCUGAUGGAACUGUAGUCACUGAUGUUGAAGCAUUUAGAAGACUCUAUGAACAAGUUGGUCUUGGAUGGGUUUAUGCCAUUACCAAAUAUGAACCUAUUGCAAAAAUUGCUGAUGGCAUAUACGGUGUUUGGGCUAAAUAUCGUCUUCCAAUCACAGGUCGACCACCUUUAGAGGAGAUUUUGGAGGCACGAAAGAAGAACAAGGGUGAAGCAUGUAAUGACAAGAAUGCCUGUAAAAUGUGAACUUGCUGAAUACUUUCCAGAAGUAGAGUUUUCAGGGCUCGCUCUUUAUUUGCUUCCAUAUAUCUUCUUCAAAAAUCAUCUGUAUCUGUGCUCAUAUCCAGAAGUCGUAACAAGAUAAAAGAAGUGUGGCAGUUCCCUUAAAAUACUCUUUCUCUUUGCCUCAAGAAAGAAAAUACAUUUAUAGUUUUUUUUCCAAUCUCACCGUUACAUCAUUUGGUUAAGAGGUUUGUAAAAUGUAUCAUAGGCGCCUUGAAGUCAUUGUUCUGGACACAAAUUGUUUAUGUAGCUUAGAGUUCUUGCUGAGAACUAGUACAUAGUAGGAUGUUUUGUGAUGAAAUUUCAAAGUUUGGGCCUCCGAAAUUA